AUGAACCCCCUUUCAGGUGCCCGUUCGAGUUUCUCUGACAACAGUGAGCACUCGCAGCGCCUGUCCAUCUUUGCGCAGCGUUUGCAUGAUGAGACGGAAAUGCAAUACAACAAAGUCUUGAUCAAGGCCUUUGAUCAACUGGUUUGUCGCAAGGUUGAUCUGUGGGAACCUGUGUCGCGUGAUGAGUUCGUGCAUCUCCUGAGAGAUUUCAAGCUGGGGGAGGAAGGUGCCAAAGCCAUCUUCAAACUGAGCGCAAGGGCCGAUGGGCGCACAGCACCAGGUGAGGUGCUGCUCCGCUCGCUGGGUGGCUUCGGGCGCAAGUACCGCAAGCUGCGGCAACUGCUGGGCUUGAAAGUCGAGUUCAGCAGCCGGGCGUCUUCGAAGCGAUCCUCCGUUGAAGUGGAAGUGGAGAAAUUAGAGACGCUUCCGAAGGCGCAAGAAAUCGAGAUUAGUAACUUGUCCAUCGGCCUGUCAAGGGACUACGAAAAGGCUGAAGAAGAUGCGAGACUGAAAGCGCGCGCACGACUGAACAAAGCGGUUCGGAAGAUUGGGCUGACCUUCAACUUGUCCAAGAGUGACAAGAAAGCUGCCGACACGCCCUCGGACACGUCGGUGCCAAGGGAUCCCAUGGUCGAGCUGGACUUGGCACUGCCCCGUCGGAGCAUCAGCGAUACAGACACUCAACUGGCAAGCGCGGCCCAUGUGUCCAUGCAGGUGGCGGUGGACCUCUCAGUCCUGGGCUCCAAAUCCACCCCGCGUCGCAGCAGCUUCAGCGGCUCCGCCGUGCGGCGCGCCUCCACGGUGGGCGGCUUCGGCUUCGACCGGCGGAAGAGCGAUGCGGAGUGGAUCUUUGGGUCCACAGAUGAGGAACAGCCAAAGGAGGACUGGGAGUUCCAAAACCAUGUUUGGCAAAGCCGUGUUUCCAAAGACGAUGCCAUGGCACCAGCCGCUCCACUGCUGGAGGCAUCGGCCGAGGAACUGGCAGAGUUUGCGCUAAUGGCCCAAGCAGAAGCGAGGCACAACUCCGGUGAGGGGCCGAGCAGUUUGCACGUCGCAGCACGAAGAAAGCUCGAAUCUGGAGAGUUUGUCAACCGGACCGCCGAAGCUCGUGGAGAACUCUUCGCGUCCGAGGCGCUGCAAUGGUCCAUGGCCCUGGAAGCGCUGCAACGGAGCUGCUGGACGCUGCGGAAGGCCUUCAAGGGCCCCGGAAAGGCCUUCGAGUAUCUGGCCUCUCACGUGCCCUCCGCGACCGCAGAGCUUGGGGAGGCUGAGCUGCGGGAGGCGCUAAGCGCGGCGCUGCAAGAGACGCCGUCGCUGACGAUCCCGCUGUGGCAGGUGGAGGGCAUGGUGAAGGUCCUCCUGCACAUCGAUGGAGAGGAGACACUGCGGAAGAGCAGCUUCCACCGUGCCAUGCACUUCCUCCAGCCCUGCCUGAGCUUGUCGCAGCUGCGCGCGCGGCUGGUAGGGCGCUACGGCACCUUAGAGGCCGGGCUCAGGGAGCUCCAGCGUGACAUCGACGAGUCCAAGGCGCUCUCCGUGGAUCAAUUUGAACCUCUGUUCUUGCGAAAGGCAGGGGUUCUGCACCACGACUUCAGUGGCAUAUUUCAAGAAGCCUGCUUGCUGGGAGGACGGAAUUGUGACUUAGCGGCAGUUGGAGAUCUUUCAACGGAAAGGAAACUCAUGGGAUUGCGAUUGCGAGGUGACGGUGGAAUCCUUUCACAAGGUCUCUUGGCUUCGAACGUGCCGUGGGCUUUGGACCAUUGCCACAUUUUGCAGAGCCUUCAACUCUGGCAGCAGAAGAUGGGAGGCGCCAGCUUCGCUGCAUGGCUCAACGAGGAGGCGCACAACGUGCCGCUGGAAGAGCUCUUGAAGCCUUUGCCCAGCGAAGUGAUCCAACAGGUCUCAGCACUCCUCCUCCACCGCGGUGCCACCAGCUCCACGUGGUUGCAGCAGCUCCCUGCGCUGCGCGGCUUGGGCGCGCCGCUGGAGGCGCCUUGCGUAGAGGAGGCAGCUCUAGAAGCUGCGCGGGAACUGCACAGGCUGAUGAAGGCGAAGUAUGACAACUUCAAAGAGGCCUACGCGGCUCUGGAUCCCAGGGAAGAUGGACUCACUUUGGAAGACUGGGAGGAGAAGUGUCAGGUCAUGUGGCCCUUUGGAGAAGACACCUGGGUUCUGAUCCACAACCGCAUGGUGGGCGAAGGAAAAAAUGCCAAGGUGUUUCUCAAAGACUUUGCCAGCAGUUUGUCCUUGGCCGUGCCCGUCGAAAGCUUGUACACCUUGCGUUUGCGGUGUCAGAAGCUGCACGGCUCCGUGGCCAAAGCCUGGACCUUCCAUCUGGGCGAGGCGGACGAGGGCCGCCCGCCUGUCGUUCCUGCUGUGCUGUGCCGACGCUGCGACAAGGUGAGUCUGCAGAAGUGGCAGCAGUCGAUGCUGAAGAUGAGCGUCAGUCACUUUGACGCGCUUCAGCUCUUCAGACUGAUCAUCACCAGCCCCUUCCAUGCUGCGAUGCCUCCGCACCUGGGCGAGCGUGAUGGCCUGCGCAUUUCUCGUGCGGCCUUUCUGGCGGCCAUGAGAUCUUCGGCGAUCGAUGCCAGCAACACCAUAUUGGAGCUCCUGCAACGGACGCGGAGUCUCUUCCCGGUGUCGGCAGCUUUUGAGAGCCAUCCCUUUCCCAGGCAUCCUUUGGACCAGAAUGCCUUUGCAGAAGCGGUCGCGCCCAUCCUGCAGCGCUGCCGCGCCGCGUCGCAGAUCUUCGCAUCCUCCGAGGCACUUCGAGAGGAGGCCAUUCUCCUCUUCAACUACUUGGACGUCUAUUCGGAGGGCCUUGUCAUGGUUGAGAGCCUCUUGGAAGUCAUGACAGCUGUGCAGGCAGCCUAUCUCUUCACCGAGGAUCCCGGCGAGAGCCUGGCAACUCAGGGACACGAAGUGCGGGGAAGUCAGGGCUCGGUCCAGUAUUUUGACCCGGGCCACGCCCAGGUCUUAGCAAUGGACCAACAACAAGCGGCACAGGUCCUCCAGUCGCUCCAGGAACUACAGACCGAGGUCAAUCGACUAAGAGGCCGAGAAGCUGAACUGACAGCACAGGUCGCUUCUUUUGGUGCCGGUUCGGCUGCUUCAGCUGGACCUGGCAGUGCACUGGCACAGUUGGUGCAGUCACAAAAGGAGCUUGUGGACGCCCUUAGAUCGAAAGAACAAGUCCGGUUGGUCGACAACAAGGGCCUUGGCAAGCCCGACAAGUUUGAUGGGACAGCCGAAAGAUUCUUGUCAUGGAAAAUCAAGACGUCCUCCUAUCUUGCAAGUGUUCGCAAAGACCUUCGUGAGAUUCUGGUUUGGGCCGAAGAUUGCGAUCAUGCAAUCACUGCAGAUGACAUCGACAAGGCUUUUGGGAGUCAAGCAGAUGCCAUUGACCAGGUGUCGAACAUCAGUGAAUUGAGACGCGAGCUUUGGGACGCGCUGCUAAUGCUGACAGAGCGUGAGCCCUUUGACAUCGUGCUGAACACCGGGGAAUGCGGCAUCGAAAGCUGGAGAAAGCUCACGCGGAGGUACGACCCAUCCACUGGUGGUCGCAAACGCGCUCUCCUCAAUGCAAUCUUGUCACCGGCUCGAUCCAAGAUGGAAGAUUUGCCGUCCAACCUGGAGAAGCUUCUUGACAGCAUCAGACUUUAUGAACGUCGCAAAGACGCAUCUGGCAACCGAACGAUGUUGGCAGAAGACAUCAAGAUCAACGUGAUUGAACGAUUGGUGCCGGCAGAGCUCGAGCGUCAUCUCGUUCUCAAUCGAGAUCGCUUCAAGACGUUCGAGUCCAUGCUGUCCGAGAUCCAGUCCUAUGUGGAACAUGCCACCGGCAACAAGAUCAAGGUGGUGAAUAGCCAGCCCUACGACGCACAUGGCCGUGGGGACGAUCCUAUGGAUGUCGGAAGCUUUGGAAAAGAUGCGAAGGGAAAAGGUAAGGGCAAGAAGGGAGCUGGAGGAAAACCUGGAAAGGGAAAUGCAACAGCUGAGAAGAGAACAUGUCACAACUGCGGACGCCCAGGACAUCUGCGGGCAGAUUGCUGGGCACCUGGAGGCCCCAAACAUAAGGGGACGGGUGGCAAAGGCAACAGCAAUCAGAAUAAGGACAAGGGCAAGGGCAAAGGCAGCCCCGGAAAGCACAAGCAGAAGCCCAAAGGAGGCAAAUCUGUGAACAAUGUCGAACAAGGUGAACCAGAAGCAGAAGACUGGGACGCAGCUGAUGGCGACGAUGGUCAACAAGCAGCAAAUGGUUUAACGCUCUAUGGCGUUGAUGGGCCACCACAUGACGAGGAUGACGACGAAAGUUUCCAGGUCGAUCCCGAGUCCGAGGAGUCGGAAGCCUCGACAAGUCGCAGAAGGUGGUUUUCUUUGCCUCACCCACGUGCGUCAUGGCCUGAAGAGUGGGACGACCCCGACUAUGAUGGACCGAGUGGAUCGAGUGGCUCAAGACCCCUUCGGUCGCUUCGACUGGAGGAGGUCACCGAGCACGAGACCACUACAUCCAAGUCCGCGUCUUCCAAGGCACCUCGAACGCCACAGGGAAGACCCAAGAGGGGCAGAAGUCCAAAGAGCUCAACACCAAAGAGAGGCAAAGCAAGCAGAUCAGGGCCAGUCACUCCGGAGUCAGCACUCCGACGCUUUCGAAUGACUUCGAUGACACCACCACCAAGGAGAAGGUUGAGGCAUGGGCCACAGACUCCAGAAGAACUUCUUCGUAGCUCUACACCUUUGCCAAAGACACCACCGACACCUAUAGCAUGGCCUGCAUCACCUCCACAACAGCCGAUAGCCUCGCCCAAGACUCCACCAGGACCACCACCAGGAUGGCAAAGCCAAGUAGCUUCACCCAAGACUCCGCCAUGUCCACCACCGGGAUGGCAAAGCUCUCAGGUGAAGCCACCACCACCUGUCAAGGCAUCAUCGGCAGCCUCGACUUCAGGUUCUCGACUUGUCCAGAUGCUGAAGGCUGCGCUGAGUUCGCAAAUCCGCAAAGCCCAAGAGGAAGAUCCUGGCUCAGGAGAUGGCCAGUCAGAUGCGAUGUUAGCGGCUUUGAGGAACAGAUCUGUCAAGGCACCGCACAUCACAAAGCAGAACAUCAGCGAUCCUUCUUUCCACGACUCGAGAUACCAUGCCGAGAUUGCCAAAGGUGUUGCACACAAUGUGGCCUGGAGAAAUGAACGUUUGAGAAGACGUGCAAUCGUCCACCGACGAGGAGGAGUCAAGGCACGUGCGGCUGAAAGGAUUCGACUUGACAAAGAAUGGCAUGAACGCUUUGACAACCCAGAAAAUCCAGAAGGCAUAGUGAGAAUCGAGGAUGAAGACAACUUGGAUGCGGGCAUCGAGACGGUGGUUGUGGGCAAAGCUGGUCAGAGCACAGUGAUAGAGUUUUCAAUGGAAGAGCGGAAAACUUUGAGGCAGUUCCCGGACGACGAGGCCAAGUUGCUGCGGAAGGAUCCCAAGAAGAAACCCAUGACCAAGCGUGUUCGAAGCGUUGGGUACAGGGUGAAGAAGAAUCGCAACCGCAAUGUGGCGCGCAAGAUGGCGAGGAAGAACCGACCAGCCUUGGUUCUGAAGGAAAACACUGAAGUGGAUGCAGAUGAAGAUGAUGAUGAAAUGGAAGAAGUCUACAUCGAAGAGCCCGAUGAGCCUCGAGACCGACUAGGCAGAGGAGACCCCGAUGGUGGAGCUGGAUCGGCUCCUGCUGCAGUCUACAGCUUGGGGGCCUCUGACGACUGGCGAAAAUGGGAACGAGCAGAGUUGAACAUCGACACCGGUGCUGCCAUCACUGCAGUACCACUUGACUUCGCCAAGGACUACCCGAGGAGCGAGUCCAAUGGAGCAAGCUACAAGGCAGCCAAUGCGGAACCCAUCGAAGAUCAGGGAAGUGUGAAGCUGGUGGGAUACGACGAAUCUGGCAACAAGAUCCCAAUCGAUUGCCGAGUUGCAGAUGUGCAUCGGCCACUUCUUUCAGGUUCCGAGAUCGCCAAGAACUACCACAUCGCCCUUGGACCAUCUUCGGGGAGAUUGAUCCCAAGAAACACUCCUGCGGGACGGGCCUAUUCGAAGGCCAUGAAAGAUCUGAUCCGAGAUUAUGGCGAUUCAAUGCCCAUUGUGCACAAUCGCCGAGGAGUAAGACCACAAAUCAACGCUGUUGGCGAGGAUCCAGCUGUUUCAGCCGGAGCCGAUGCCAUGGAAGAUGGAGGCGAUGUUUCAGCCGCUUCGGCCGGAGCAGGGUCCUCAGGCGAUGUUCCAGCUGCUUCAGCCGGAGCAGAUGCCUUUGAAGAUGAAGUUGAUUUGGAAAUCGGUGAAGAACAGAGGAAAGCCAUUGUGAAGAAAGAACCACAUCAACCAUCCCAAGCUGAAGUUGACGAACAUGAAAGCACUGGACAUGUUGUCCAUCGGAGCUGGUGCUUGCACUGCAAAAGGGCACGUGUGACUGCUGAUCGCCAUGUGCCUAAGGAACUUGAUGAGCCAGAAACGCAGUUGCCCACGCUGAGCCUGGACUACUUCUAUAUGAACCAGGACCAGGUUGCGGAUGAGGCGACCCUUCCGAGCAUUGUGGCGAAGUGCCACAAGACCAAGAGAUUUUGGGCGAGCGUUCUCCCGGGAAAAGGGGCGGAUGCGUUCGCAAUCGCGUGGCUUGGGGGAGUUUUGGAUGAUGCUGGUUUUAAUAAGGUAAUCCUUAAGUCUGACGGUGAACCCUCCUUGGUAUCCCUUAAACAGAAGGUUAAGGAGAUAAAGACCCACAUCGAAGUGCACUUGGUGGAAACCCCAGUAGAAGACCAUCAAGCCAAUGGGUUUAUCGAAGUGGGAGUGCGAGAGAUAAAACGACAAUGUCGUGCUCUCCUCAGCGACCUGGAGUUCAAGCUGGAAAGGAAGGUAGAUCCGGGCCAUCCACUUUUGGUUUGGCUCCCGCGGCAUGCUGCCUUUCUCUUGACGAGAUACCGAGUAGGUACUGAUGGAAAGACCGCUUUUGAGCGGACCUAUGGACGAAAAUGGCGGAUUCCGCUUGUGAGGUUCGGUGAAAGCAUCCUGUAUAGGCCGAGGGCCAAUCGUGGGGGCAAGAGAAAUGACCUUGCUCCAAGGGUAUCCAUUGGGAUGUACGUUGGAACUGGAAACAGAAAUUCAGACGUCUUUGUCAUGACGGAACGUGGAAUCAUGAAGGGGAACUCGAUCCAUCGACGCCCACCUGACGAUCAGUUCAAACAUGAUCAGUUUGACUCGCUACGUGGCCUUCCUUGGAGGUUGCAAGAACGAGAACAUGGUGGACUGAGGAUCGCCCUUCCCGAUGUUGCAGCGCCUCGUGAAAGGCCUGCAGUGCAAGAAGUGAUCCCAAGGAACCUCUAUGUCACCAAGAAUGACUUGGAAAAGCAUGGGCACACACCUUUGUGUCCUGGAUGUGAAGCAGCAAUACUUGAGAUGCCAAGCCGAGCUCACAAUGCUGAGUGCAGACAAAGAAUCCAGAUCGAACUUGACAAGACUCCAGAAGGUCAAGAAAGGAUCAAAAGAGCGAGAGAGAGAGUUGCACAAGGCAGGCGCCCAAGAGGCGCGGCUGCACCGCCUGAGGGUGGUGGGGCAGAAGGUGGUGAAGCUACACCACCAGUUGUCCCAGGAGGGGAAGUUGAACAACCAGUCUUGCAAGACCGUGUUCCUUUGGAUGCGGAAAUGGAUGCAAGUGAGGCUGUUGGUGAACCACUGGUCGACACCGAUUUUCGUGGAGAACUCAGACAGAGAGAACAAGAAAGAGAAGGAAGCCCAAAGAGGCAGAAACAAGAACAAUCCCGAGGAGAGAAAAGGAGUUCACAAGUCGACGUUGAAGAUCUUUACAAUGAAUCUUCAGCUCAGGCUUCAGGGUCAGCCGGACCACCGGCACCGGAUGCUUCAUCUGGUGUUCCGGAAGGUGCUGCCGCUGCACCAACAAGUCCUGAGACAAACCAGGAGAUGCUACAUCUGUGUUCCUUGCUCAAAGAUGUGAUCGCAAAAGGGAAGGUUGCUGAGAUCUUCUCUCCACCGCGUGUGGCUGCACAAGCCCAAGUGGUCGGGCUAGCACCUGGCUUCUCGAUUGACUUGGAGACAAAGCGUGGUGAUGGAACUCACUGGGACUUGAGUAAAGAUGAACACAUUCGUGAUCUGUUUCAACUGCUUGACUAUGAGAAACCAGAGUUCCUCGGCGGCUCACCUCCCUGUGGGCCAUUCUCGAAGCUGCAAAACAUUGUGGAUGCGAAGGGCAAUGUUUCACCUGAAGUUCGAGCGCAGAGACUAAAAGAUGGUCGCAAACAUCUGCGCACGGCAGUUUCAGCGUAUGAGCAUCAAAUGAAUGCUGGAAGGUACUUCUACCAUGAGCACCCUAAAGGGGCCGCUUCGUGGGAAGAGAGAGCUGUGAAGAGACUGAGGGCAGAUGAACGGGUGUAUGAGGUCACUGGACCAAUGUGCCGUUGGGGAAUGAAGGCCGCCGAUGGCCAAGGUGAAGGGUUAGUGAAGAAAGAAACUACCUGGCUCACGAACUCUCCAAUCCUGGCACAGACCCUACAAGGGUGCUGUUCAAACAAAGAAGGCAAAGUUUGGCACCGCCAUGUACAUCUUGUUGAUGGACGAGCCCGAGCUGCCCAGAAAUACCCACCAAAGCUUGUCCACGCAAUUCUCAAGGCCAUUAGGCGCCAACUGGAAUGUGAUGGAGAACUACACUCACUUUCACAUGGCCCAGUACCCGAUGCUGGACCUGUGAUCAAUGAAGAGGAGGAGUUUUGGAAGCAGCUGCCCGACAGCGAUGACACCAUCGUGGAGCCAGUGCUUGACGCACACUCCGGUGCUGUCUUGGAUGUUGACAAGGUCAGAGCUGCUCGACAAGAAGAACUAGCAUGGGUACACAAACAGGGUAUCUAUAUCAAAGUUCCACUCACAGAAGCCCAACAGUCUGGAAAACCGGUCAUCACCAUGAAAUGGAUUGACAGAAACAAAGGGGAUGCAACACACCCCAACUACAGGUCACGUCUGGUCUGUAGAGAGAUCAAACGGGCCAGCAAUGCUGACUUCAUUCCGGACUAUGCGUCCUUCAGUUCGAUGCCGCCUUUGGAAUCGCUGAAAUUGCUUCUAUCGCUUAUGGUGACUUUGAGACGAUCCAAGUCUGGCAAUGCACUGAAAGUUCGUCUUCUUGACAUAUCACGCGCUCACUUCUAUGGAGAGGCAGAGCGUGAUAUCUUCGUGCAGUUACCUGAAGGAGAUCGACAAGAAGGGUUUUGUGGCAAGCUCGUUAAGAGCAUGUAUGGAACACGCGAUGCAUCAGCGAUCUGGCAAAGAUCAUAUACAGAACUUCUCAUCCGAGCUGGUUUUGCCAAGAAUCAAGCUUGGCCAUCCUGCUUUUACCAUGAAGGUUACGGUGGUAUUCGAGUUCUUGUACACGGAGAUGACUUCGUGGUGCUUGCUGAUGAUGCUGGACAGAAAUACCUUGAGGACACCUUGAGGUCCAAAUAUGAUCUGCGGGUCGAUGGAUCGAUCGGUCCUGGAGAACGGCAUCAGCAGUUCGCAGUGCUCAAUCGAAUCGUGACCUACAACGAGCAGGAAGGCUCUGUAUCCUAUGAGGCGGAUCCCCGCCACGUUGACCAGAUGGUACGAGAUCUAGAAAUGGAAAAGUGUAAGCCAGUCAAGACACCAUCUGAGAAAAUGUCAGCCACGGAGGCCAACUUGAAGUUGACCACCCCGACCAUCACACCGGACCGUGUAAGUUUCUUCCGGUCUCUGGUGAUGAGAGCGUCGUAUGUGGCACAGGACAGACCUGACAUCGCGGAGGCAGUGAAAUGCCUAUCAAGAAGAAUGCAUGAGCCCAAAGAAUCUGACUUUCAGGAUCUGAAACGCUUGGUGAGAUUUCUGAAAGGGAAACCACGUGUACUUUUGAAGUUUGGUCGCCAGAAGUUUGCUGACACGAUCCACAUGUACGUGGACUCCGACUUCGCUGGGUGUUUUCUUACAAGGCACUCAACAAGUGGACUUGUGGCAACCUUUGGCCGCCACACGGUGAAGGCCUCGAGCACUCUUCAGAGCACGAUCAGCUUGAGUUCCGGUGAAGCGGAAUACUACUCGAUCGUUCGAGGAGUUUCCAUCGGAAUGUCGCUACAGGAGAUCUUGCGAGGAGGGGUGACGGGAUAUAGGGUUCUCACUAGUUGCUACGCCAACCUUUGGCUCAAGAACACCGUCAAGCCAGGCAUCGACCGUCUCGAGGUGAAGGCGAUUUCAGAGAGACGGUCUCCACGUGUGACGACUCAGCUGGAAAUCAGGGCUGCAGCUGGAUUUGCUGACGCUAUUUUUGGGUUUCAACAUGUGACAUCCACCAUCUGA